GCAGAUCCUCAUUGGCUGAUCCGAACUGUUGUCACAAGAACGGGGUACCGCGCGUGGAGUGGAAGUUGGCAAGAUGGCGGCAGGCGGCGGAGGCCGUGUGUCCAGCGGCAGAGAUCUCGGCUGCGUGACAGAGGUUGCGGACACACUGGGGGCGGUGGCUAAGCAAGGGUUUGACUUUCUGUGUAUGCCGAUCUUUCAUCCUCGCUUUAAAAGGGAAUUUUUCAAGGAACCUGCAAAAUCGCGCCCAGGACCACAGACCCGCUCAGACUUGCUGCUUUCUGGCCGAGACUGGAAUACAUUGAUUGUUGGGAAAUUGUCCGACUGGAUAAAGACAGAUUCUAAAGUGUCUGGAAUCCGCAAAACCUCGGAAGCGGCUUUGCAGCAGGAGUUAAAUUUUUCUGCAUAUUUGGGGCUCCCAGCAUUCUUAAUUCCUCUUAAACAAGAAGACAACAGUAACUUAUCCCGUCUCCUUAUCAACCACAUUCACACAGGACACCACUCUACAAUGUUUUGGAUGCGAGUUCCUUUAAUGGCCCCUAAUGAUCUACGUGAUGAUAUCAUUGAAAAUGAACCUCUCAGUCAAAGUGAGGAGGAUAAUAUCGAUGAGGAAAGGACUUGGAUAUGGUGGCACAACUUCCGGAGCCUUUGUGAUUACAACAAGAGAGUUGCAUUGGCAAUUGAGGUUGGGGCUGAUCUACCAAAUGGGCAUAUUAUUGACAGGUGGUUGGGUGAACCUAUCAAGGCAGCCUUUCUGCCAACCAGUAUCUUCCUCACCAACAAAAAAGGUUUUCCAGUACUGUCCAAAGUGCACCAACGUCUUAUCUUUAGGCUAUUUAAGCUGGAGGUGCAGUUUGUCAUUUCUGGUGCUCAUCAUCAUUCCGAGAAGGAUUUCUGCUCUUACCUCCAGUACCUAGAGUACUUAAGCCAAAACCGCCCUCCUCCAAAUGCAUAUGAAAUGUUUGCUAAGGGUUAUGAGGAUUACCUGCAGUCACCCCUCCAGCCUCUAAUGGACAAUUUGGAAUCUCAGACCUACGAAGUAUUUGAGAAAGAUCCCGUGAAAUAUUCUCAGUAUCAACAGGCAGUAUAUAAAUGUUUGCUGGACAGAGUGCCAGAGGAAGAGAAGGAGACAAACAUUCAGGUUCUUAUGGUGCUUGGAGCAGGCCGGGGGCCCCUUGUGAAUGCCUCGCUCAGGGCUGCAAAGCAAGCAGAACGCAAAAUCAAGGUGUACGCAGUAGAAAAGAACCCCAAUGCUGUGAUAACGUUGGAAGGGUGGCGUUAUGAGGAAUGGGGCAGUCAAGUGACUGUGGUGUCUGGUGACAUGAGAGAAUGGAAGGCACCUGAGAAGGCUGAUAUUAUAGUUAGUGAGCUUCUGGGAUCAUUUGGUGAUAACGAACUGUCUCCUGAAUGUCUGGACGGAGCUCAGCACUUCCUGAAAGAGGAUGGAGUUAGUAUUCCCAGUGAAUACACUUCUUACUUGGCGCCGAUCUCUUCAUCCAAACUGUAUAAUGAGGUACGAGCUUGCAGGGAAAAAGACAGAGACCCUGAGGCUCAGUUUGAGAUGCCCUAUGUCGUUAGGCUACACAACUUCCAUCAGUUAUCUGAUCCCUUGCCAUGCUUCACAUUCCUCCACCCCAACAAAGAUGCUGUAAUCGAUAAUAACCGCUACAUUUGCCUGCAGUACAGAGUAGAUCUAAACACAGUGCUACAUGGGUUUGCUGGAUAUUUUGACGCUGUGUUGUACAAAGAUGUGACGCUGAGCAUUUGUCCUGAAAGUCACUCCCCAGGCAUGUUUUCUUGGUUUCCCAUCCUCUUUCCUAUCAAGCAACCCAUUCCUUUGCGGGAGGGCGACACUGUUUGUGUCCGAUUUUGGCGUUGUAAUAAUGGCAAGAAGGUUUGGUACGAAUGGGCUGUAACAUCCCCUGUGUGCUCUGCAAUUCACAAUCCUACAGGACGUUCCUACACAAUUGGCCUGUGAUAGACAAGUUUGAAAACCAUCACCUUCAUAAGAGAGUGACAUGGGGCAUACAACGAAUGGAGAAAUACUAGGGGUUUGUGCUGCAGAAGGGUAGCGCACAAUGGGUUACUAUCAGCACUUAUGACUUUGCCUCUAUGAGAGGCUUCCUGCAGUUGAACUGUAUGUUUGUUCACUUAUAGUCCUUUUUUUAUUAUGUGUUAAUAGCAAUGUUUAAUAUUAAAAGGUUCCUGAGUUAAUUUAUGCACCUGCGGACAUUACAUCUAAGAGUAUGCCAAAGUUCUAACGUUACCUUUGAAUACCGGUGGAAGUAAAUUUAAUAUGAAAUAUAACCAAGUUUAUUCAAUUGUGCUGUUGAUGGUUCAAAGCAUUUUUUAGGGGAAGAUACAGAUUUUGUAACGGUCUAUUUCUCUAGAAUCACAAACCAUUAAAAUGUACCAUCAGACAUGGACUCUGCCUGGUGAGCAAAACUAUUAAUAAAUCUAGUUCCUUGUGAGAAA